CCGAGCCAUUCGCACGCCUUUACAAUUUUCCAGCACUCGCGCUCUCUUCUUUCGCUUCGUUUUCUCGCAAUCCUCCUCUAAGCUUCGCAUUAUUCCAACAAAAAUCGCUUUUCCCCGACUCUAUGCAUGCUCUAACACCCAGGUGAACGUUCUAGUGAGCGCCUAUUCGUGAAACCGUUUGAUUUCCCCCUCAGAGAGUUUCGGGAGAAUGUCUACAAUGAGCGAUUAUGAGCGCAUCCGACUGGUCAUCCUGGGUGGACAGGGAGUUGGAAAAAGCUGCAUCAUCAAGCGCUUCCUCUUCAACACCUACUGCAAUAAGUACCGGAGCACUGUAGAGGAUCUCUACAAUAAGGAGUACGAUCUGGGGCACAUGACUCUAAAAGUGGACAUUCUUGAUACAGCUGGUGACAUGCAAUUUCCAGCGAUGCGACGUCUCUGCAUAGCUACAGCUCACGCUUUCCUUUUGGUCUACUCUGUCGCUUCUGUCCCAUCCUUCGACUGUGUCAAGCAGUGCUUUGAGGAAAUCCGGGAAAACCGCAACGAUUACCAGGACAUUCCGAUUGUUGUGGCCGGUAAUAAGCUGGAUCUUACCACCAGUCAGCGGGAAAUUACCAUUGAGGAUGUUUCCGAGUGGGUUUAUUGCGAACUACCCAAGCUAAGGUAA